AUGGCCGCCGACGAUCCCGCGACGCGUGCCCAGCCGUCCUCCACGACCGAACGUAAUGUGAAGCACGUCGUACUCGGUGAUCUCCUUUUCCAGACCUGGUACCAGUCCAUAUACCCGGAGGAUCUAGUCAGUAAGGAUACAGACAGGUUGUACGUCUGUCGCUGGUGCUUCCGUUACUCGUGCGACGAGCACGCCUACGCGAAACACACGCGCCUUUGCCCACACCGGAAAUCACCGCCCGGGGUCAAGGUCUACGAGCAGGGAGGCUACUCGGUCUGGGAGUUGGACGGCGAACAUCACAAGCUCUACGCGCAGAACCUCUCCCUGUUCGCGAAACUGUUCCUUGAUCACAAGUCGGUCUUCUUCGAUGUCGUGUCAUUCUUCUACUACCUCCUCGUUUUCACCGACCCCGCCGACCCCGAUUCCUACCAUGUGCUGGGGUUCUUCUCGAAGGAAAAGCUCUCCUGGGAUGCCAACAACCUCGCCUGUAUCCUGGUCUUCCCCCCGUACCAGCACAAGCAGCUUGGGAAAUUGUUGAUGGGGGUCAGUUAUAAGAUUAGUGCCUGGGAGCGCGACAGUGGGUUGAUCGGCGGGCCGGAGCGACCAUUGAGCGAAAUGGGUCGCAAGAGUUACGCGCGCUUUUGGGAGGAGCGUGUGGCCAGACACCUGCUCUUGCAUGGUUGGAAGGCCGAAGACGCAGAGGAAGCUGCUGUGCCACAGAAGUCAAAGUCCCCUAAGGGCCCGAAAAAGAGACCCGCCCAUGAGCUCAUGACAGUGCAGGACAUUGGUCUGGCAACGGGCAUGUUGACCGAGGACGUCAUCACAGCUCUCAGGGGCCUGGGAGUAGUUCAGCCGGCCACGCCGGCCAAGAAGCGGAAGUCAAAGGAUUCAUCUGGAGCGACUAGCGCUGGGGGUGACUCAAUUGUAACAAUACGAAAGACAACCGUCCUCGAAUGGGCCAAGUCUCAUCAUAUGGCCCUGUGGGACCCGGUUAAAGAUGAGGGGUUUCAUGGUAAAUGGGCUCCGACCGAUUUGGACGAAGAAAGCAAUGGGGGCAGUAAUGAAAGCGGCGAUGGAUAG